ACACAGACUGCACUGACACCCUCCUGUUUCCAGCUCCUGCUUUCAAAGUACAGCUUCUGGGCAGCUUUAUUAAUCAAGCUGUUUAUUGUAUGGAAUGGGCAGUUAAAGAGGAGAAAUCCUGCUGCCAGGAAAAAGUGAUCUACAAAAUAGACUUGGACGAGACUCAAGUGAGGCGUGAUCUUGUCAGUGCACUUCUUGUAGGUGGGCCCGCAGUCGCAGUUUUGCUUGCUUUCAGAAUCGGAGGUGCACUUGCUGGUGCAGUCGCAGCUGCACACGGAUGUACAAUCGGAGGUGGAUUUGGAUUGAUUGGUGCAGACAUGACCAUCAGUUGCAGUUUAACAGGCAUACUUGGAGGCGCAGUCGGAGGCAUAGUUGGAUGCAUACUGACACACACAGUGACGGAUUCUACCACGGUCGGAGGCGCAGUCGGAGGUGCAGUUGGAGGCAUAAUGACACUCGCAUUCACAGCUGCUGGUGCUAGCGUUGUCUGGGGCUUUAUCGGAUUCAUAAUCGGAGGGGCAGUCGGAGGUGCAGUCAGAGGCAUACUGACUCUCACAGUCACAGUUGCAGGUGCUUCUGUGGUCGGAGGUGCAAUCGGAUUCAUAUUCGGAGGUGCAGUCGGAGGCAUACUGACACUCACAGUCAUAGCUGCAAGUGCUGCUGCGGUCGGAGGCGCAAUCGGACACAGAUUCGGAGGCACAGUCGGAGGCACAGUUGGAGGCGCAUUCGGAAGAGCAGUCGGACACUCAGUCAGAGGGGCAGUCGAAGGUGCAGUCAGAGGCAUACUGACACUCACAGUCACAGUUGCAUGUGCUGCUGUGGUCGGAGGUGCAAUCGGAUUCAUAUUUGGAAGCGCAGUCAGAGGCAUACUGGCACUCACAGUCACAGUUGCUGCUGCCAUCGGAGGCAUAAUCGCCUACAGAUACGGAGGUGCAGUUGGAGGUGCAGUCGGAGGUGCAGUCGGAGGUGCAGUUGGAGACAUACUGACACUCACAUCUGCAGGUGCUGCUGCUGUCGGAAGAAGAGCAUUGGCACUCAGAGACCCAGGUGCAGUGGCACUCAGAGACACACUGAGAGACACGGAUGCAGUCAAAUUCUCAUUCAGACUUGUGCUAGGUGGAGUCACAUUCCUAGCUGCAGCAGCUUUGUUUCUUUACGUUAUCUUCAGUGAGGAUGAGCAGGAAGAGGAACUGAGAGAAAUGGAGGAGAGACGGAUGAAGUGGGCGAUGGAGAAUUGGCUCAGAGUGAUAGAGGAGAAACUGAAGAAAGAGAUGGAGGAGAAACUGACAAAGAUGAAGUGGUGGAGGAAGAUAGAGAUGAAGAGUAAACUUAGGAAAGAAAUUGAAGAGAAACUGAGUGAGAUCAAGAAGACACUGGAGGAGGAGAUAGAGAAGACACCGAGUCAGACAAAGGCAACAUGGAAGAAGAUGGAGAAGAAACUGAGGCAGCUGAAGGAGAAACGGAUGAGGAAGCUGGCGGAGGAACUGAAGAGUAUGGACCCUGAAGAGGCCUGCAAAAGAAUUGAGUUACUGAAGGGCUUUGUACAUAUGUAUGAAAAGGAGAAGCAGGAAACUGAGGAACUCCUCAGAGAACUCAGUGGGAUUGCUGAUGGGCUGGACAAGGUGGACAGGGACUGUACCAUCGCUAGGACUGCAGGGAGCUCUGCUGGUGUAGUUGGGGGGGUCCUGACCAUUGUGGGGAUAGGCCUGGCUCCUGUUACUUUUGGAGCCUCCCUUGGACUGUCCAUUGCAGGGGCUGUGACUGCUGUAGCUGGUGGAGCCACCAAUGUUGGCACACAAAUAGUAAAGUGUGUAAGUGAUGGCAAAGAUAACAACAGAGUAAAUGAAAUAGUGAAAAUAAUUCAAACUAAUCUCAGAGCACUUGGUAAAUUGUGCAACAUUGCACUCCCAGAAUGUAAUUGGAAUAAAGAGGACACUGCUUUAACAGGCAUUGUUAAAACACAUCUUUCUGCUGUUGCUGCUGCUGCAGGCCUGGUUGAUGCUGCUGUUGUUGCUGCUGCAGGUGCUGUUAUUGAUGUUGCUGUAAGUCUUGAUGCUGUUGCUGAUGUUAUUGCUGGUGUUGCUGAUGGUGUAAACCUGAGUGGUGUUCCUGCUGCUGGUGCUUCUGCUGCUGGUGCUUCUGCUGUUGGUGCUUCUGCUGGCCGUGUUGCUGCAGGCCUGGUUGAUGAUGUUGCUCCUGCGGUGCUCAAAGGUGCAGGCAGAGUAGUCGGAGGUGUUGCUGCUGGAGUCUUUGUCUUUGUGGAUGCCGUGCAGAUUGGUUUAAAUGCCAAAAAACUUUAUGAAGGGAGUCCAACUGAAAUAGCACAAGAGAUUCGCAAGCUGGUGGAAACUGUAUCAUUACAACUAGCAAAACUGGAGGAAGUCAGUUCUGACAUAAACAACAUUUUGAACCCAUGAGUCAGCACAGGGCUAUGGAGGAAGGUGCAGCAGGAGGGAUUUUCCUGUCAGAUCUGUUGCUGCUCUAUCAACAGUGCGAAGAGCUAAGCCAAUAAAAAUAAAUACAAGUAAUGAAAUAAUACAUCUCUUCUGAAAUCACGAACCUCCAUGUCUUUUUUCUCCAGUUCUGGGUAUAAACUGAAUUUAUACUUUAUAUUUGACUCAUAGUAAAUAUAAUAUAGCUGUGAUUUAAAAGAAAUCAUUAUAAUGGAAUGUAUCAAACAUGGGGCUCAUGUAAUUGGGGACCCCCUCGUCUGUCUGUAUCAAACAUGGGGCUCAUGUAAUUGGGGACCCCCUCGUCUGUCUGUAUCAAACAUGGGGCUCAUGUAAUUGGGGACCCCCUUGUCUGUCUGUCUCUGUCUGUCUAGCUCAGUGUUUCUCACUCUAAUUAGUGCCAAUUAACAAUAUUGUUUAAUUAACAUCAAUUAUUAAUUACAUUUAAUUCCACUAGUUCCGAGAAUUACAGUAAAAUAAUUCAUAAAACGAAAAUAAUUAAACCCCAGUCACUGGUAUAAUCACCAUGUAGAUACUGUGAGAUAGCUGGUUGUGAGAGACAGCAGGGAGGGGGUUAAAACCUCCCUGCGAGGGAAAUGCACCUUUUUGUAUUGUGUUGCUUUUUCAGUUAAUCAGUUUUGAUAAUUGUUUUAUUGUUUAGUUUAAUUGUUUAAUUGUUUUAUUAUUAAUUAUCAUCCGCACCUGGGCGUUAUUGUUGAAUUAGAGCCAGGUGCGGGGUUUAAAAGGAGAGCAGGCAGUCUGCUCGAGGCUGCUGAGUAGAAGGAAACAGAAGAGGUGCUCUGUCUCCGAGUAGCCAGAGGGAAAAAAAAAAGUAAGUGUGGCGUCAAACCGGUGGUUUUGUAAGGAUGGGAAAACAGCUUAGCUGUCCCGUGUUAGCCAGUGUGUUCCUGAAAGUUGAGUUAGUGCUCCAAGAGGAGUUAGGUGUUUAUUUUGAUUUUGUAUUUGUUUGAUUUUUGUGUUUAUUAAAAAAAUAGCGCGUCAGCGCUUGAAAAAUCC